AUGAAGGAUUUCGAGCAAGGCUACGACCUGCACGCUUCUCCCAAGCUUGAAAGUGUUCAAGAUGGAGGUGACAAAACCCCAUCUCAUCCGUCUAUUUGGUUGCUGCUGGCGAUCUCCAUGCCUCGGAUGGCGAUUCAAAUGGCGUGGGCAGCUCAAUGGGCUGCCCUGGGCCCAUACCUGUCGACAAUGCUCCCUCGGUAUGCUGUCCAGAUCACGCAGUUCAUCGGGCCAAUUGCUGGUGUGCUGGUAGCUCCAAGUGUUGGUGUCUUCAGUGAUCGCAGCACAAUGAAAAUGGGACGUCGUCGACCAUUCCUCAUCGUCGCUGGAAUCCUCAGUAUCGUCUGUUGGAUCGCCAUGGGCUACACACGUGAAAUGGGUGAAGCACUGGGCGACCAUGGUGACGGCACCGACGGAGGGGAGACCGAUCGCACGUGGACCUCAAUUCUUACGGUGUUCUUUUACCUCUGGAUGGACAUCACGGUCAACGUCGUGCAAACCCCAGCGAUGCUUCUAGUUGCUGAUUUUGCUGGGGAUCGACAGACUACGGGCGCAGCUCUCGGCAUGGCUUGGGCUACGCUUGGGGCAAUUCUAAUUGCCGGGUACAUUGAAUUUUUCGGGGCCGCCUACAAGACACUGCAUUGGUUCAUGGGCAUGCUAUCCGUUACCAUGUUCAUCUGCGUUGGUAUCGCUGUGAUCUUCGCCAAAGAAACGCCACUAUCUCCACGUGAAGUGGACAACGAGUCAUCCUGUACUCGAGUCAAGCACGCGUUUGCUUCCGUGUACCAUGGAAUCCGCGCACUCCCGGCAGUGCUGGCGAUCUACUGGGUGGCCUUCUUCUUCGUCCAGUAUGGCUACACAGCGUACAAUGGCAACAAGGGGCAAUUCUUUGGGUUGGAGGUCUACGGCGGAGUGUCUGAAAAUGCUGACAGUUGCGACCCAUGCAGCGACGAGCAGGACGCUUACAACCACGGCGUCAGCAUUGCCGGUGGUCGUGCCGAUCUUCUGUACAAUAUCGUGGGAUACGUGUGGGCGUGGGCCUUGCCGUUCAUGGUGCACAAGAUCGGCGUGAAGUGGGUUCUUACUAUCUCAACAAUCCCUCAAGUACUUUACACGGCAAUGGCAUGGAUCAGCAGCCCCGGGUUCAACAUCUUCGUGGUUGCCACGACAGGGAUCACGCACGCCGUUUGGUUCACACUCGUUGUUCCGGUUAUCAUUCACGUGUUUGGAGAGGAAGAAGACAUCGGUGUCUUUGUGGGAGCUCUCAACUCUGCAAACUGCUUCGGCCAACUGCUUAACUUUGCUAUUGGCACGGGGUUGGUGCAAACGUCUCUCGGAUACAAACUGCCGGUUUUCGUUGGAGGCAUCUCCAGCUUUCUGGGCUUCCUCACGAUUCUGGUUUUCUACAAAAUGAAGAUGAACAGCAUGUAA